UUUCUUUCGCCCCCUAUGGUGAACCUUCCCCUCGAGCUCUGGGACGCCGUGCUCGACCACCUGCAUGACCAGCCUACUACGCUACUGGGGACAGCCGCCGUCUGCCGUGCCUGGGUGCCCGCGAGCCGGUUUCACGGCUUUUCCGCGCUAUCGCUGUCCAUUAUCCAGCCACACAAGUCGCCCGAGGCCGCCGCGCUCCGGGCGCUGCAACUCGAUGUCCUCCUCGCAAGCCCACACGAGACGCUCUCCGCCUCCGUCAACACCCUCUCCGUCCGCGACACCCUCGCACCCGUCCGCCUCCGUCCCGACCCGACGCGGACCACAUUUGUCACCGUCACACUCCUCCAGCUCGCGCCGCGCGUCGCGCUCCUCCCGCAUAUAACGUGCCUCGCGCUAACGGAGCUCUGCUGGCCAUUCCUCCGUGCGCUCGGCCCGCACGUGGAGCACCUGUCGCUCGCGAGCGGCGCCGUCUGUCUUGGCCCGAACGUCCCGAGGCUCUGCGCCGCGCUCCCGCGGCUGAAGACACUCGCGCUCGACGGUGUGGCCGGCAUUCCGUUCCGGCCGGCCGCGGCGCGUGCCACCGGUAAUCUUGCGUCGGCCGCUGUGCCGUCGCUGCUACAGAGCCUUACCAUCCGCCGGUCUUCCAUCGCUUUCCUCCCGUGGCUCACGCUCGUUGGGAUGGACAAUCUGCGCAGCUUACACGUGGAAGAUCUGGUGUCAUACGAGCUAGACUGCCUUACCGGCUUCCUCGUCGCCGCCCCGAUUCUAGAGAACUUGGAGCUGACAUUCUUUACGAGCUGCGUGGAUGACAACGCGCUGACACUGGUGCUUGCGCCGCGUACAUGCCUCAAAACUGUCCGUGUACGCGGGUCCGACGUCCUGCCACAUGCAAAGGAUUCUAAUGAGGCUGAGUCUAAGGCAAGACGCGAAUCCUAUCAUAGUGUUGCAAGGGUGUUCUGA